CAAAGCUUUCAGUAAUAAUUUAUGAGCGCUCGAAUGUUGGCAUUGAAUGUAAUAUUCCGUGGUUUGUGGGGGACUGGGACUAGUUAGACCUUUGACGUAGCUUAAGGGACGCUAAGCUAAACACGAUGUGUCGAGUAGUGGUUUGCAAGGUCAAAUAAGUGUUUUUUGCAGUAAAUAAGGAGUUUAAAAUGUGCGAUAACAGUUCUGAUUCGGAUGAUAGUCAAAAUGACUCAGAAUAUAACUUCAUUCCGGGUGUAUACGAGUUUCAAGAUCGCAUUGAGGAUGAAAACGAAUGUCAAGAAUCGUCUACAUCUGAGGACCAUGUCGACAUUGAGAAUGAUCCUUACAAUGACGAACCACUGGCCGACGAAGAAUGGCUAAAACUUUACAGAGAAGAGGAUGAGGAAAGAAAAGACAUGGAAAAAGAUCUUGUCAACAGAUUAGAAGUAAUUAGAGCAGUUGAUUCUUGGUGUAAAUGCAGCAACUGUAACAGAACGCACUUGGAAAACAUAAAUGAAUGUUUUUGCUUCCAUGAGAUUGACGAAUGUGUACAGGCACUUAGCGACAAAAUAGUUUUAGAGGACACGAAUGAACCUCCAUGUUGUAUAACGCUUCUCCAGGAUUUCGGCCUGUGUGUUUAGAGAAAUGGUCUCUCAGAACGGCUGCAGCAAAAUAUAAACGUCAAGAUCGUACAAGAUACAAACAAACGGGAUCUGAAGCAAUGCAAGUGACAGAACUGAAGAACUCGAUACGCACAAAGCCUAUAUUUGUCAUAUGAUGUAGAGUUACAGUAUAUCUAGUUUUUACAUUAUUUUUACUUUCCUUUCUUACUGAUUUUCUCAGAUUCCUUCGAAGUGUUGCGUACAGGGAAUUCACUUUCUUAAUCCACGGUUACUUGGGUAACAAACGAGUACCAAUGCCAUCAUGUGUUUACCAUGCAAUAAGGGACAAAUUUCGUAAAAAAAAUGAGCAAUUCACUGGAUAUGAGGACAACUAUUAACACCAAAAUCCUGUUUUAUUUAUUUGGUCCAUAUUUAAUGUAACCUUUUAAAAUAUUUGAAACAGUUUCAUGUAGGAAUUUCUGUUUUGUUUUUCAAAUAUUGCAGUUACACUCUUCAGCCAAAUUCAAAUGUAUAUUUCAAGAUCUAAAAUUUACAAAACAAAGCAAAGAACCCCUGUAUCUUGAUUGCAAGUACAAACAUUUGU